CAGAUGGUUGCUAUACGGAGGAGACAAGAGAAAUGCAAGGUUGAAGCCAAGUCUAGAAGUACUGGAGUGACGCGAGAUUGACGCCGUCGGAAGAAACGAAGUCACUGGCACCUAUGUGUGUGUGCGUCACGAGGUUCUUCUCAGCGUUCCGGUUGGCGUAGCGGCAACGGUCGCUGGCUGCUGGCAGGCAGCCCAUGACAAGACCGCUGGCUGCACGUGUCCCACUGCGGCUUACUCUAUGACUCCGGCUUCCGCCGCCGAGUGGCGCAACCAGGAUACGGAGGAAGUCCUCUCGCUUCGUCGCCGUGGUCAGCCCGUCUCGUGCCGUCGAUUGUCACAAACUGCUCAGUGGCCCGCGCGUUGCUAGUCGUACAUAGUUCCCGCGACCGCUCAGGCGACCAUGAGGAAUGGAAAGAAGAUCGCGCUUCAGGCACUGGCACUUUGGAGACAAAUUUUGAUGGUCCUCAUUCCUCUCAUUCUACUUCCGCUGCUCUUCUUCGAAGAUGCUCAGAAAGCUCGCUGUGCUUAUGUCGUCAGCAUCGUGGGCCUCUAUUGGAUUGUGGAGCCCAUACCUUUGGGAGCCACGUCACUCAUCCCCAUUGUGCUGUACCCGAUGCUCGGUGUUCUUACCACAGAAAGGACCUGCCAACUUUACAUGAACGACAUAAACCUCAUGUUCCUGGGCACCCUGGUUAUGGCCGUCGCCAUUGAACAUUCGCACUUGCAUCAAAGGAUUGCCCUCAAGACGUUGUGUCUGCUAGGCACCGGCAUCAAGAUGCUGGCUUUCGGCUUGAUGUUCAUCUCCAUGUUCCUCUCGAUCUGGAUCAACAACGUGGCCAUCACCGCCAUGAUGAUGCCCGUCGUAAACUCGCUAGCGCACGAGCUGCUUCAAGAGCGGCGUAGGAGCCUUUCACGGGGAAACAUCGACGUCGAAGGAAUAGCCGAAUUGAGAGAACGCGUUGCGAAAGCUGCGGCUGCUGCUGCCAGCAACGGGAGCACCAAGCUCCUCCCACACAAGGAUGGGGAUAAAGAGGAGCCCGAUGUGGUUGUACCGAUGAAGGUGCGCAACCGGCAUUCUCUCCUGGACAAGACGACCGAGCACCGAAUCCGCGCGCUCCUCUACCUCAGCGUUUUGUACGGCGCCAACACGGGCACCAUAGCAACCAUCACGAGCGGCGCUUCGAACAUUGUGUUCAAGUUUGUUAUCGAGGACUUGUACGGAGAUCGGGCACCUGUGGACUAUGCGCUGUGGAUGUUUUUUGCCCUGCCAACCGCACUCAUCGGAACUGGCCUCAUUUUUCUCGCCGUGGUACCCGCUUUCUUCCGAUGCAAGAGGCAAGCUUUUUUUAUUUUUCCGUUAAAUUUCUGCAAGAAUGUUUACUCCCGGCUCUCCCGUUUCAGCCCAGACCUGGGAAAAGAAAGCCGUAACCACACCAUGGCCGCCAUUCGUCGGAAUUACGCUGCGUUGGGGCCCGUCAAGUUUCACGAGGUCGCCGUUCUACUGCUUUGUAUUCUUCUGGUGUUCCUCUGGCUCUUCCGGGACCCUAUGUUCGCCAGGGGAUGGGCUACUUAUUUUGGCACCAUAAAGCCCAAGGACGCCACAGCAGUUACCAUCCCGGUGAUCCUCUUGUUCAUGAUUCCAUCGAAACCAUGGGAAGGUGCCAGAAGUCCUUCAUUGCUGUCUUGGGAAAUGGUGCAAGCCAAGCUGCCGUGGAGCGUCAUUUUACUGAUUGGCAGCGGGUUCGCCAUCGCCGAAGGCAUGAGGGUUUCUGGGCUGUCGGAACUCUUGGGCCAAAAACUCGCCACUUUGGGCCACAUGCCUCCGGUGCCACUCAUGAUCUGCCUUAGCAUCGUCUCUUCUUUUAUGUCUGAACUGGUCAGCAACUCGGCAACGUGUACCGUUCUCCUGCCAGUUUUUGAUGAAUUGGCGAAGGAUCUGCAUGUGAACCCGCUGCUGUUCCUGAUUCCGGCGACCAUUGCUAGCAACUACGCUUUCUUACUGCCCGUGGGAACGCCGGCGAACGCCAUGGUGUACGAGCAGGGUCGGCUGACCCUGAUGGAAAUGGUGCUACCCGGAUUCCUGGCUAAAACCAUCACCAUGGCGGUCACGGUUCUACUGACAUGCGUGCUUGGAGACCCGAUCUUUGGCAUGUUCCAAGAAGCUGAGUGGGCGUCGCAUGCCAUUGUGGGCAACUACAGCACCGUUAUCCCAGACCUAAGCUAGCCGUGUCGUAGAACCUUAAACGCGGACGCGUAAUACGUGAAAAAUGAAAGCCAUUAAACGGGUCCUGUACAAUCAUUUUGACUGAAAGCCAAGCACAAGACAAUGCAACACAACCAAAUACCGCAGUGCGUUACCUGGUGUCCCACUCUGUUACUUUGUCUCGUGUUUGCGCUUUAGUUACAACACUGCAUUACUACCAAAACACUGCAUUUAUACUCUCAGGGCUUUGUAUAUUUUUUCAUACCCAAUAAGCCACCUCCUCCCAUCAGUGGUGGGACGAUUCCACUUGUCAGCUCAUAAUUGUUGGAUAUGGCCUUGAAUAGCAGAUAUAUAACUCCGUGCGAAGCUUCGACAGUUUGGGCAACCAAGCGGAUCGCCUUAUUGCUCUUUUCCUCUCCGCCCCCCUUUGCCGUUUUUUUUUUCGCGUGUAAUCCUAAAAUGUUCUAGAAUAGUGUCAGGAGUAGAUUUUACUUUCACUUGCAAACUUAUCUGCACCGUGAACCUAAUGCGUAAGUGGAAGUUUGCGCACGAAAGGUGACAGUGUUUGACCCGUAUGCUUCGGGCAGGGAUUAAGGUAUGAAGUGUUUGUGAUUCGCCGCCGUAGACCUGAUUUCAGUGAUGUUACUGCUGAAGAGCGUCAAAAUAGAGUGAAGCAGAAACGCUUCGUAUACCUGGUGACGCCGAAAGGCACCAGAAAACUUUCCGCCACCGGUUUUCAGGGAGGAGUGGGACCUGCAAGCUCUACGCGCACAUGACGCGGCACAUGUUGGAAGAGGACAAUAAAUCCAGAAGUGCGGCCGUUGUCAGCGGCACUUAUAGGCGUAUCAAAGAUCUAUUUAUGACCUCUGCAAAUGCUAGUCAUGAUCGCAUACCAUUCCAAAAAACCUGAGAAAGUAUGGGAGGGUAUAUAUAUGAGAAGUUAACACAGAGAAAGGCUGAAUGACAACUAUAUCCUAAAGCCCAAAGUAAUCGUAUGGAAGAUCCAGGUGUUUUCAUGACUGAAAAUCACACAACCAACGUAUAAGUGGAGCUGCAUGUGUUAGGAAAUGCUUGUUCAUCACUCAAUUAAACCACAUGGAAUAACGAAAAUAAAGGUGAAAGUCGUGUUUUAUACACGGUGAAUGAAUGGUGAAAUAAAGUGCAGCGCUAAUUGCACAAUAAAACAAUUUCAAUGCGGAGAA